GCUUUCCUUUCUCUUCCAGUCAGACAACUAUCUCGAUGAGUGCUAUUGCCCCAUGACACAAGUGCGCUCUCUGAUUGGCCUUCCAUGCAUGAGUGACGGCAGAAACAGCUUAUAGACGCCACGACUUGGCGGCGCUACCGAGGGGCUGUGGGCGCUGCAGCUGGACCCUCCGGCUGUCAGUGCGCUUCCAGCUCCGCACCCCGAGCCGGUGCGCCGCCCGCACUAUGGCAGCCCCGCCGCAGCUGCGGGCUCUGCUCGUAGCCGUCAACGCACUGCUGCGCAAGCGCCGCUACCACGCUGCGUUGGCCGUGCUUAAGGGCUUCCGGAACGGGGCUGUCUAUGGAGCCAAAAUCCGGGCCCCUCAUGCACUGGUCAUGACCUUUCUCUUCCGGAAUGGCAGCCUCCAGGAGAAGCUGUGGGCCAUCCUGCAGGCCACGUAUAUGCACUCCUGGAACCUGGCAUGGUUUGUGUUCACCUACAAGGGUCUCCGUGCCCUGCAGUCCCGCAUACAAGGCAAGACCUACCCAGCGCACGCAUUCCUGGCGGCCUUCCUCGGGGGUAUCCUGGUGUUUGGAGAAAACAAUAACAUCAACAGCCAGAUCAACAUGUACCUGUUGUCACGUGUCCUGUUUGCCCUGGGCCGCCUGGCUGUAGAGAAGGGCUACAUCCCUGAACCCAGGUGGGACCCGUUCCCGCUGCUCACCGCAGUGGUGUGGGGGCUGGUGCUGUGGCUCUUUGAGUAUCACCGAUCCACCCUGCAGCCCUCACUGCAGUCCUCCAUGACCUACCUCUAUGAGGACAGCAAUGUAUGGCAUGGCAUCUCAGACUUCCUCAUCUAUAACAAGAGCCGCCCCUCCAAUUAAUGCAGCCCUGAGGUGUCUGGCUGUGGCUCAAGAUGUGGCUCCAUGCAGACCCUCCCAAAGGAUCCUGCCUUCUCAAGAUCAUGGAGCUCAGACUCUAACUGGUGUUAUCCAGGUUCCAUUUGCUGAAGUAAAAACACUGAUUUUCAAAUCCCA